AUGACCGGCAAGGACGGAUCCGUGCUAUCCGACGCCGAGAAUAAGCAGACAACCGGCGGCCACGGAGGACCGCAGCAGCAGCCGCCUCUCGUUUGCAAGAUGCCCCCCGCGGCGCACCGUCGGACCGGCUUCGGGAUUCAGGAGCUCCUCGGGCUGAACAAGGAGCCUCCGCCGCCGCCCUCGCUGCUGUCGCCGGCCGCGGCCGCCGCGCUCAGGCGGCCCCUGGAGGCCCUGCCGCACCGGGGCCACGUCCUGGCGGCCCGUUCGGCGCUCGGCCACGGCGCGCUGGGCGUCGGCCUGUUGGGCCCCGAGGGCAUCCACUCGUUUUAUAGCCAGCCCGCUUUCCUGGAGGUGCUGUCCGAAGCGCAGAACGUGCACCUGCAGCCGUUGCACGCCAGGGCCAACGCGCGUUUGGACGGGCACAAUUCGACCAGCUCGGAUUCUGAUGACAUGAGUCUUCCCUCGAAUGAUAAGAAGUUCUCCAAAACCUCAUUGAGCCAAAGCAAGAAAAGGAAAAAAAGACGACACAGAACAAUUUUCACCUCCUAUCAGUUGGAAGAAUUGGAAAAAGCCUUCAAUGAGGCCCACUACCCGGACGUGUACGCAAGGGAGAUGCUCUCCAUGAAGACUGAGCUGCCUGAAGAUAGGAUACAGGUGUGGUUCCAGAAUCGGCGGGCCAAGUGGCGGAAGAGGGAAAAGUGCUGGGGGCGCAGCAGCGUGAUGGCCGAGUACGGCUUAUACGGCGCCAUGGUGCGACACUCCAUCCCGCUACCGGAGUCCAUCCUCAAGUCGGCCAAGGAGGGCGUCACCGAGUCGUACGCGCCCUGGUUACUAGGUAUGCACAAGAAGUCUGUGGAAACGCCGCACUCCCCCCUGGACGAGAGGAACGGGGGCGCCCCCACGCCGCCGAUACGGGAGAAAGCGGAGGGGCCCGAGGAAAAGGGGCGUACGGACGGCAACAGAGACGAACUACGGGUGCACAGUAUCGCUGUGCUGCGAGCCAAAGCGCAGGAGCACAACGCCAAGAUACUCAGCAAGUGUGAGGACAAAACCGAGGAUGAGACGGACAACUAA